AUGACAGGUGUUAUCAUUAACAAAAAUCAUAUCGAACCUCGUCAUUUUCUCGAACACGCGAAAAGCACGGUGUUGGAAAAAGUACAAAAUGCCAUUGAGAAACACAAUAGUCUGAAAAUCAAUACAGUGUUCAAUGACGAGUGGUACGAGCGAUACGUUAUAGAACCCACGUUAGCGUCCUUAGAUGAAUUCCAAGAACGCGAUAGCGGAUGGGCCUUGUCACAUAUACUGAAUUUAACUGUAAACGUGAACAAAUACAAUCCAUUGCGCGCAGGAUGUCAUAUAAACUUGCCGCCAGAAGUUAAGUAUAAGAGAGCGGUGAUUAACGUGCUAUCCGAGNACAAUGCAUGCUUUGCAUGGUCGGUGGUCGCCGCUCUUUAUCCUGCUGCAAGAAAUGUAGAACGCACAUCAUUGUAUCCCCACUAUACGACAGUACUGAAUCUUCAGGAUAUUGAGUGUCCAAUAAGUGUACACCAAAUACCAAAAUUUGAACGGCUCAACGAAAUCUCUGUAAACGUGUACAGUAUGGAAUUGAUGAGAAAUAAGAAGAACAAACUUGUCAUCCUUCCAAUACGACUCACACAGCAAAAAAGAGAGAAGCACGUCAACUUGCUAUGUUUACACUAUUUCCAUUCUCUGGACAAGUUGAAUGUCCACACCGUAGAUUGUGGAAAAAUGAACAACUGCGCGAUCCGGUUACCAACAGAAGAGAACAAGUGGCUCAGUUUUAGCAACCACAGCAAAAAAGAACGUCUCCCGUUCGUAGUAUACGCUGACCUUGAGAGCAUAUUACACAAGACUGAUGGAGAGACGCAGCAGCAAACAUCCUAUGCGUAUCAACAUCACAAGGCGUUCAGCAUAGGAUAUUAUGUCCGCUGCUCAUACAACGAUUCCUUCUCUGCUUAUCGGUAUCGUCGCGGCGAAGAUUGCAUCGCAUGGUUUGUCGACGAACUCAAAGAAUUGGCUAAUCGAGUAAAAACUAUUUUAUCUACCAAUGUGCCCAUGGAAACGUUAACGGAAGAACAAAGGUCAGCUUAUCGUAACGCGAGUCACUGUCACGUGUGCGAAAAAUUAUUUGCGGCAGACGACAUAAAAGUUCGCGAUCAUUGUCAUAACGUGGCGCAAUCGGAAAAACACAAUCNAAAGGAUCACAAUAUAGAGUUGCGAUUCAUCGAGUCGUACAAAUUUCUCAGUACUAGUCUCGAUAAACUGGCGUCAUAUCUUCAUAAAGACAAGUUGCAGGAGCAUCAUUUACCACCGCGCGAGUCAUUUUACAGUUCUCUGACCGGUGAAACAAUAUCUGAGAGUGAAUAUGCACACGAUGUAGACAUCUGGCAACGAUUUUCUAUUCAUAUGUUAGGCGAAUACAAUGUUGAUAUGGUAAUGUUUAUCGAACGCGGUAUACGCUGUGGUCUUAGUCAGUGCAGCACAAGAUACGCGCACGCUAAUAACAAGUACAUGCAGACUUACGACUCAUCAAAACCAACGUCGUAUCUCAUGUACUAUGAUAUAAAUAACUUGUACGGGUGGGCAAUGUGUCAGCCGCUACC